UAGUUGCCACCUGGCAAUGACAUGGUGACACCAGCCGAGGGGCUGAGUUGAGAUCCGCAGGUGGGAGUGUCAGCGCAGCAGCCUCAGGUGCCCAGCGGGGCUGCCCUGCCCAUGCUGGGGCCAAACACGCGUGGGGUCACACAGCCCUGUGUGAUGUGGGGUGGCAUCACAGUGGGACACAUACAUAACAGUGACAACUCCCUGUCCCCACUGUGUCCCGGGACCACAGCCUUCCACCAGGUUUGGGCAAUACCAAGGCUGCUCUCUCCAGCGCAGGAGCUGUCCUGCUGCCAGGAGCAGCCCAGAAGAGGCUGUGGGAGAGCGUUGGGGAUGACAUUUGGGUAGGUGGCGAGGAGGAGGAGAGGAGCAGAGGGGUUUUGCAGAAGGAUAAGCACCUCUGCCCCAGCAGCUGCAGAGCACAGAGGCAAAGAUGAUCAAGUACCUGCUGCUUAAACCCUUGGAGCCUGAUGAUCUUCCAACCCUCAGGGAGCUCACCACCAAUGAGAUCUGCAAAGUCUGGGCUUCUGCAUCUAAGUACAUCAGGAAAGAGCUCUCACAGAAGAGGGCGGUGGAGAUCGGAGUUGGGACAUUUGCACUUGUCCCAGCACAAGCCUCGGUGACAGAGGGCCAGGUUUUGGCUAUUGAGAGACCCGUGUUCCAGCCAUGCAGGUUUCUGAAGAAAUUUUACAAGCUCAAGUGUGCAAAGACCAAAAUUCCUGAUGAGACACCAUUAAUUCAGCUGGACUUCGAGGAGAUUGCCACAGCCAUCCACUUUCGCUCAGAAAUCGUGGAGCGGUGCAUCCACGAGACCCUGCUGUUCUUUGCUGGGGCUAUCCGAGACAAGAAGGAGGUGGAAUUCUCCUUCAGAGGCAUUGGCAUCCUUGCUGUGCGAAGAAGAACCAUCAGCAUGACCUUCUUUGAUGACUGCCUGCUGGAGCUGGACACGACAGGCAACAUGCUGGCAGCUCUCAUAGGGGACCCCAAGAUAAUGCGUCUGGUGGCCUUCACAGGCAAAAACGAUUUUAGUCGUUUCAGUCGAGAUGAGGUCAUCACACUGCCAAGGCUUGCACGCGAGAUCCCUCACCAAGCAUCGGCCUCUGUGAUAUCUCUGAAGCCCAGGAGGGACUCGACGCCGUGGGGCAGGGGUGCCCGCAGAGUGAGUGUGCUGGAUCCGGUGUUCCUGGCUCGGCGAAGGGUUUCUAUUGCCAGGCAGCUGGCAAGGGCAGUUGGGUGGACUAAAGCCAGGGAACCUGGCCGAACCAGAUUCCUGCCAGUAAUCGAGGCAUCCCAGGAGGAGCUGAAGCAGUCCAGACCUACAACUGAGCAGCUCCCUGGGGGUGUUCUGCAGUCCUCAAGAAUGGGAACAAGUGCCGACAAGGCAGAGAAACGCCUCCAGCUGCUGAUGGCAUGGAAGCGCCAAGAGGUGGAGGCAGAAGUGUGGCUCAAAUACCAUGCCAGCAGAGCAGGGCAGAAGAUGGAGCAAGGCCAGAGCCUCUGCCGCUAUGUGUAUGAGGAUCCCUAUUGCCCUCCCCACCUCCUGAGAAAGGCCUAUGCUGAGAAGCUGAAGGAGAGGUUCCAGAAGAACAAGAGAUACCCAGGCCCUACAAGGCAGAGAACACCAGAGGGGCAGGCAGAGCUGCACCCCCUGAAGACAGCAUGGGAAGUCAAGGGGGAGAAGAAGAGGCUGUUUGACCGCCGUGGCAAAGCCCAGGAACUCUCAGCCAUGCCAACGAGCUGCAAGCAGCCCCCGGGAGUCCCUGGGCAGGAGCCUGAGCCAUCAUGGCAGCCACCUUUACCAGCAGGAGAGCUGUCAGCAACAAAUGGUCAGGGCAAGGAGCUUGUCUGCAACGGGGAAGGUGCUAAAUAAAGGCUGCCAGUGCCUGUGCUCAGCUGGAGUGACCCUACUGCUGCCUGUUCUGCCUUUCUCUACAGCCAAGGACACAGCGGGAGUCUUGCAGCCCCUGGUCGGGGGGUUUCUGGGCAAACUGGCCAUGGCCACUGGUGCUGCCAGCCAGUCAUGACAGGCCAUGCAACAGAAAGAGCAGUGUCCCUUCUAGGGCACAGGGUACAUCAGAGUACAGCUUCUCUGCAUCCAAACACAACCUUGUAGGG